AUGAUCACUCGUCGCUUGGCUUCUACAGUAUCUGUCCCACCGACGGAUAAAUCACACAGGAAGAUAGUCUUAGUAGGAGCUGGCUUUUUAGGACAAUACAUCGCCAAAGCACUGAUUGCCGAUCCUCGUAAUCGAGUGUUACUAGUCUCUCGACAUCCUGAAAAGCUUCACUCGAAACUCUCCCAUUUGGGAUCGCAGAUCCUUCCACCCCAUCCUGCCGAUAUAACCUCCAAGGAUCAUGACUCUCUCCGAAAAGCUUUCAAAGAUGCCUCAGCGGUGGUAUCGAUGGUAGGACUAUUAGUAGGUUCAGAGAAGAAGAUGGAUUUAUUUCAGAGACAGGGUACGGAAAACGUCUCGAGGUUGGCUAAAGAGUUGGGAGUGGGGAGGGUUGUGGGGAUAAGUGCGAUUGGGGCUGAUGAAGGUGGUGUGACUGCUUACUGGAGGACGAAAGCACAAGGUGAACGAGCGAUAUUGAAUGAUCAUCCGACGGCAACUAUCAUUAGACCUUCUAUAAUAUUCGGUCCAGGAGAUUCCUUUUUCAACCGUUUCGCAACUUUGGCCAAAUGGUUGCCUUUCUUACCAGUCUUCGGUGGUGGUCUAGUAAGAUUUCAACCAGUCUAUGCAGGUGAUAUUGCUCGAGCAGUCGAGAUUUGCUGUCGAGAUGAUUCAGAAAUCGUCAGGCAAGUAGGAGGUAAGAUCAUAGAAGCUGGUGGACCAGAUGUCUACACAUAUCGAGAGAUCAUGCAGCUCGUUUUGAGAUAUUCAGGAUAUCAAGGACGUAGGUUGAUUAUCAGUCUGUCAUUUUGGGUAGGGAAGAUCCAAGGGUUCUUCUUGGAGAAAUUACCUGAAAAUCUAUUCACCGUCACUCGAGAUCAGGUCGAACAAUUACGUUCCGACAAUAUCGUCUCACCUUCCCCACCCCUCAAUUCACUAUCAUUCAAAGACCUCCUGAAGUCUUUCCCCUCUUCAUUACCUUCUUCUGCCCCACCGGGCGAUCCAGGCUUGACGCCCGUCGAGAAGAUCUUACCUACCUAUCUUGGUCCGCAGGAUACUCAACAGAAAGGUAAGAGGACUCAUGGGAGGAACUUCGAUACGGGUCUGGAAGAGGUGAGGAAAAUGUCAGGGAAGAAGUGA